AUGGCAGCUGGCCUCUACCUCCCUGAACAAGUGCCCAACUUUGGAAAUGGACAGCUCAACCCAUUCGGUCUCAACGUGACCUUUGGACCAUCGCCACUAAACAACAUUGGUGGUGUUAUAAUCGACUUUACAUCAUACAUCUCACCAGAUACCUUGCCACUACCCUUCAUCAAUCUGAUUGGAUAUGGACCAUCGACCACCAACAUCACCAUCAACAAUGUCACAUUGAUCAACGCCGUCAUCACAUCAGUAUACUGUGAUGAUGUCUCAAUGAUACUCAACAAUGUAUCAAUCUCUGGUUCCGGAUCAGAGGAUCUCAAACCAAUCAUGUUUGCUCCAGCCGUGUACACGCCCUCAUCGGUAUUGACCAUCAAUGGAGAGUUCUACAACAACACUGGAUUCACAAUGAUCAGCGCCUUCAACGCAACUGUCAAGAUCGAGAACUCAUAUAUCCACUCCAACACGUUCACCAACUUGCUCAUCGGCUUCAUCUUCACCUUGCCAGGCUCAUCCAUCACCAACACCACCAUUGUCAACAACGACAUGUCAUCUCUCGCAGUCCAGAUGGGAUCCAUCAUUGAGGUAUACCAGGGAUCUUCAUCAUUGAUCAACUCUACACUCUCUGGCAACCAUGGAUUGUUCAGCCUGUUCCACAUGCGCUUGGCCGAUGUGUCCAUUCAGGAGACCAAGAUCACCAACAACAGUGCCACAGUCAGCUCAUUGAUAUAUGGUUCCGAGUCAUCAUUGGAGAUGAUCAACACCACCUUCACAUCAGAUCAUUUGGACAAGGACUUCUACUUCUUGAUGUUUGAGAACUCCAAGAUCAGUCUGACCAAUGUCGAGUUCAACGAGCAGUCCAGAGUUGUCGAUAUCAUAGCCUGUACAUCUGGUUCAAUCACUUUGAACAAUGUCACCAACAAUGAUAGUGGAACAGGUUUGAUAGAUUGCAACUACCCUGAUCUGUGUACUAUCCAAGGUAAUCAACCAGAUAUCUGUCCCAACAACCUAUUAUGGUAA